CUAAAGUUCUCUCGGAAAACUACUAUUAAACGUCUAUAAUAAUACCGAAUGGAUUGAACGUGCAUAGAAUCAUCGAUUAAUUUCUAAAGGUUAACCAAUACUCAGGUAACAUUCACAAGGUCAUUUAUAAUGAUCAUAAAUAUAAAUGAACUAAGAUCAUUAUAAUUAAAUCAUUUACAAUAUGUUAAAUAAUGAUCUAAUCUUACGUAUACAAACCAUCUAUUCUAAUCAACCUCAUUCUAAUGAAUUCAUUCAAUCCUCUUAUAUCUUAUUGAAUGAUAUAAUGCAUUAUUAUAAUGUCAAUUACUUUUCAUUAUAUACAAUCAGUAUCUUGGGUAGAUUUCUAUCUUACAUCAUACGAACUAUUGGAACUAUAGAUGAUAUAAAUAUGAAAUGUAUUGACACAUUAUAUUACUUAGUUACUAACCAAUUGAUUUCUAUCAAACUCAAAACUUCAUUAAUUCAUUUAUUAGAAUUGGACCUAGCAACUAAUUUAUUAAAUAAACAAUCAAAUAUUAAUCAAUAUACAUGGAAUUGUCUAUGUGAUUAUAUCAUAGAUUGUAAUAAUAUUGCACCUAUUAUACGUAUAUUAAUUUAUAUUUGUAUAAAAACAAUCAUAAUAAAUCCAAUUGAAUAUAAACAAUAUUUAAUGAAAUUAAAACAUUUUAUCACCAUGACAACAAAAUAUCAAUUAGAUUUUUAUGAAAUUAUAAUGAUAUUCAAACUACUUAAUGAUAAAUCAAAAGGAUUCAAUACAAGAAUUACAUCAUUUUGUUUGAAUAUUAUGCAAUUAUUACAUUAUAGUAUAAAUGAUACAGAUUAUUAUAAUGCUAUGAAUUAUAUACAUUCUGGAAUAGAUCAUAGUAAUUUAUCACAAAUCAACUUUAUCCCAGAUCAUUAUUCAACUAUUAGUAACUAUGGUAACCAAUCCGAUGACAUAUAUAAUGAUAAUUUACCACAAAAGAACUUCAUCCCAGAUCAUUAUUCAACCAUUAGUAACCAUGGUAACCAAUCCGAUGAUCCAAUUCAUUUAAAUGAUUCUAGUAUUACAUCAUAUAGAAUUAUUUUAAUACCAAAUUAUAUUUAUUCUUUAUUAUAUUAUAAAAAUGAUUAUAUGAUUCAAUUGAAAGGUAUUAAAGCAUUACAACAGUUUACAUGGAAAAUGUUUUGUCAUAGGAAUUCAUUACAAUAUUAUUCAAAUCUUAUAUGUUAUAUUAAGAAUAUAAGAAUAUUUUUAAUAAAUGUAUUCAAUAUUAUGUAUCAUCAAUCAAUCAAUAUAAUAGUACAUCUUAUUGAUAUUGUAUUGAUGCUAUUACAUCAUUUACCCAAUUAUGUAAUCCAAUCAAAUAUCAAAGAAAUAUUCCAAUUAUUUAAACCUAUUUUAAUGAAUAAUUUAAAGACAAUGUAUCAUAUAAUUCAUCGAAUCUUAUUACAAUUAUUAACAUAUUUUAAAGCUGAUAUUAUAUUAGAUGAAUUAUGGUUAUAUUAUAAGAAUAAUCAUACCAAUUUUCGUAUACGUACCAAUACAUUAUAUUGUAUGACAUUUCUAUUAUGUAAUAAGGUUGAACAAAAUAUUGAUCUCAUGAAAAUGAUUAAACGAAUUGUACAAUGUUUAAAAGAUAAAAGUGGUGUGGUUCAAUCAGCAGCAGCUAAAUGUUGUGCAACUCUUAUUAAUAUAAAUAAUAAUAAAUCAAUAUUAUCGAUUAUUGAAAAUUUAUUACUGAAUGAAAUGUCUAUUAUAGAAGUAAAUUUUUUAUUAGAAAAAAUAAAAAAAUGUAUCAAAUUAAAAAAUGAUAAUGAUGAUGAUGAUGAUUUAGUUGCUAUGGUGAAUUAUGAAAAUGAUUUUAAACAAAAUUAUAAUAGAGGAAUUCCUCAUUUGGAUUGUAGAAGUGAUACUAUUGAUAAAUCUAUUAGUCGAAAUACUUCAGAAAGGCUUAAUAUGCCAAUCAAUCAUUUAGAUUUAAAUAAAAUGAAUCAUUUAAUAAAUGGAUCUUAUUUUCAAAUGUCUGAACGUCGUAAACGUUUGAAAUCAAGUAAAUCAGAUAAUCAAAAGUCAACUCGAAGAUAUAUUGAUAAAAUGACACUUCAUGAUUAUUCUGUACAGGCCCAAAGUCAAUUAGAUCACAGAAAAGAUGUCAAAGAUCAUCCAAACAUAAAAGAGAUUUAUGAUGAACCAACAACUAAUAAUGUAAUGCCAGACCUUCAAGAUACACUAACCGGAGGAGAAAUAAGUUGUCCAGUUGAUUGUUACAAUCAGAACACAGAAUAUCAGAUAAAUCGAGGUCUUGAGAGUUUACGUAAUUCUGUAUAUAGACGACGUAAACAAUGGUUAUUUAAUCAAAUGGCUAAAAUGAACACUAAAACAUUGUCAGAGAGUAAUCAUGAAUGGACUAAUCAAAAUAAUGAUGAUUAUCUAAUAACAUCCAAUAAUGAAAAACAUCUAUUACCAACAUAUGAAUAUUGUGAGAAUUUAUCAAAUCAGUGGAGAACUAAUACACCAUGUUCAUUAAAUCGACAUUCGUAUAAACAAUCAAAAUGUAGUGUAAAUAAUAAAAUGUACAGAAGUAUGAAUGAUAUUCAUUUACAUGUCAAUAAAGAACAGUCUAAAAUGGAGUACAAUUCUAGUAAAAUUCAAGAGAAGCAAAGUAAUUCAACACAGCAAAAAUCCAAAUACUCAUCAUCAUAUAAAGAGGGAAGUCAAAAUGAUUCACAUGUUAUAAAGAAAAUGAUUCAUCAUUCUAAAAGGAACAAUAAGCCAAUAAGAAUAGAAGAACAAAUUCUUGAAUAUAUUACAUCUAAUAAUUGGGAAGAACAAAUUAAAGCUAUAGAUAUAAUAGAAAAUUUACUUGAAACAAUGAAUGUUAAACCAUUAGAGAUAAUAUUCAGUGAUUCAAAAAAUAUAAAUAUGCUUGUUGGUGGAAUUGAACAAGCUAUUAAAUGUUUACGUUCACAGGUUUCUUUAAAAGGUUUAAAAAUUAUUGAACAAUUAUGUCUUUAUUUAAAUACUAUUCAACAAGGUCAUUUAUUAAAUCCUUAUGCAAUAUCAUUAAUAAUAACUUUAUUUAAUGGUAUUAGUGAAGAUUCUAGUAAAAAAUUUUUACAAAAUCAAUCAUAUCAAUCAUUAAAACAAUUGAUAACCUGUAUAGAUCAUAUAAUGAUUAUCCAUAUAUUUUGUAAACAUUUAUGGGAAAAAUAUAUACAUAGUGAUAUCAAACGUAAUACAAUUAGUCAAUUAUUAAAUUUUAUAUUAUAUAAUAAUAAAAAGAAAAUUAUAUUAUUAUUUAAACAAUUAGGAUUAAAUGGAAUGAAUCAAUUAAUGAAAAUUGUAAAACAAUUAAUUCAUGAUAAAAUUUCUAGUACAAGGUUAUAUGGACGUAGAAUUCUUGAACAAAUCAACUUGUUUACAGAUAUCAAUAAAGUAGUAUAUAAACAAAAUACUAUAAAUGAUCAUUCAUUAGAAUUGAAAUACAUCAAAUCAAAAAACUUAACAUUUCAAAGAUGAUUACUUCAGGACAAUUCUAAUAUGUGAUGAUGAUGAUGAUCUUCAAAACAUUCCAUUAUGUUAUACAUUUCUGAUUCUAUGAACUAUGAUUAAACAAUAGAAACAUAAUGUAAACAUCUACUUUGAAGUUGUUCAGUUAUUUUUUCUUUUACAAGAGUUUUACAAAAUGAAAUGGUCGUGUUUUGUAGGUAUAGUCGUUUGAUAAUAUCUACAUCUCUAAAGAUUAUGAUACAAAUGUACUGAUUUGUUAUGUUUAUUAUGUAUGAUAGAUUUUCUGUUUCGUCCCUAUUGUGGGACUCCUUGGCAGUGUGCAUCCAUGAUACCGCUUUGCGGUAUUCGAAACCAGGACCUAUCAGUCUCGCGUGUGAACGCUAAUCCUCUAGACCACGGAGUCGACAACCAACGCUGUUAAUGUCUAACUUCAACCAAUCCACUAAAUUGAGCGACACAUCCAUCUUCAAUGAGUUACUAUCUCAUAACAGACCCGGUUGAAAUCCAUUGGUCACUGCUUCUCACUAGAACUCCA